AAUGGGAAAAUAGUUGGCGCUUCUUCCUCAAACACGGCGGCCAGCUUGAGCUGCCUUUUAAGAUUUGCGCAACCAAAUUCUCUCUCACAUUUUGAAAUUCAAGCUUUGUUAAUCUCUCUCCGCCGCGCGGUUUGGUUUUCCUACAGUUUUGUUCAUUCAUCGCCUCUCUUUUGAUUAGGUACAUCCAUCACCAACCACCUCUCUCGGCUUUGGCGCAAUGCAGCUUUGAGGGAAACUGGAAGCUGCAAAGGAGGAAUUUUUGAGUGGAUGCAAUUAACAUUUGAACUUGGCAUUGCGAUGAAUGUGGCUGAAUAGCGUCACAGUUUCCAACUUUAUUUGAACACUGCACUUAUCGAUGGGGGAGUGGGUUGUUGGAGCGUUCAUCAACCUUUUCGGCAGCAUUGCAAUCAACUUUGGAACUAAUCUCCUUAAAUUGGGUCAUGAUGAGAGAGAAAGACAUUCUAGUGUUGCCAAUGAUGGGACAAAUGGGAAAGCUUUCACAAAGCAUAUUAUACACUUCCAGACAUGGAGAAUCGGGAUUAUCUUUUUUAUUCUUGGAAACUCUCUUAAUUUCAUUUCAUUUGGCUAUGCCGCUCAGUCCCUUCUUGCAGCUCUGGGAUCUGUCCAAUUUGUCUCGAACAUCGCAUUUGCCUUUUUCGUGCUAAAUAAAACUGUGGCUGUCAAAGUGCUCAUAGCCACAGCCUUCAUUGUUCUCGGAAACAUCUUCCUUGUGGCUUUUGGAAACCACCAAUCACCAGUUUAUACACCUGAGCAGUUGGCAGAGAAGUAUGGCAAUACCACUUUCCUGAUAUAUUGUCUGAUUCUGGUUAUCGUCGUUAUCUUGAGUCACUCAAUGUACAGGAGAGGAGAACUGAUGUUUGCUAUGUCAGGGCAUGAAAUCAAACCCUACUGGCAAAUGCUUCUUCCACUUUCUUAUGCUCUUGUUUCAGGUGCUAUCGGAUCAUGUUCGGUACUGUUUGCUAAGUCUCUAUCAAAUCUUCUAAGGUUGUCCAUGUCAAAUGGGUAUCAGUUGCAUAGUUGGUUCACAUACUCCAUGCUACUAUUGUUUUUCAGUACAGCUGGAUUUUGGAUGGCAAGACUAAAUGAAGGAUUGUCUCUGUUUGAUGCAAUACUCAUUGUCCCCAUGUUUCAGAUUGUUUGGACAUUUUUCUCCAUUUGUACAGGAUUUGUAUACUUUCAAGAAUAUCAGGUAUUCGAUUCAUUACGAACAACAAUGUUCAUACUAGGAAUGGUUUCUGUAUUCAUAGGCAUUUCAUUGCUGGCACCUGAUGAAGUAAAAGUUGGGGAUGUCAAAGAUACACCACUGGUCUCUGUAACUACAGCCGAUCCAAAUGACGCAGACAGGUAUUCUGCACCCUCUGAGGAGUCUUCUAUCAAAGACUUGAGAUCACUCGUGCAAACAAUGCGGAUUAAACUAGCGAGCUUGCUUACUAAGACCAAGGGUGCUUGCUCACUACCGUUCGGAUUGGGAGAUGAAUCGAUUAACGCAUCGUCAGUUCUUGUGAUGCCCAUGGUUUCAUCUAAAAUAACUGGCUUCAGAGGGCAUGUAAUGGAUAGGAGCAAGUUCUUCUCUUUUAGACAUCCUGGUUGGAGUAGGAUUGACGAGGAGGAUGAUGAUGAAGCUUUAUUGCAGUCAUCAACUCUACUUCCUCAGAGUAUAAAGUAGGAGUAAUAUACACACAUAUUAUUAAUCAGAUUGAUCUCUCUAUGUACCAUAUUCUGUUCUUUAUACUUAUUUGUAUAAAUCCUCAAUUAAUACCUUAUUAUUUGAAAAAACUAAACAAAAUCACCCAAUAAUACUG